AUGUCUGGAGCCAACAGCUCCAGCCUGACCCCGGAAUUCUUUAUCUUGAGUGGUAUACCUGGGUUGGAAGCUGCACAUGUCUGGAUCUCCCUGCCAUUCUGCUUCAUGUACAUGAUUGCCGUUGUGGGGAACUGUGGGCUUAUCUACCUCAUUGGCCAUGAGGAGGCUCUGCACCGGCCCAUGUACUACUUCCUGGCCCUGCUCUCCUUCACCGACAUCACCUUGUGCACCACCACUGUGCCCAACAUGCUGUGUAUAUUCUGGUUCAACCUCAAGGAGAUUGAAUUCAAUGCCUGCCUGGUCCAGAUGUUCUUUGUGCACAUGUUGACUGGAAUGGAGUCUGGCGUGCUCAUGCUCAUGGCCCUGGACCGCUAUGUGGCCAUAUGCUAUCCCUUACGCUACACCACCAUCCUCACCAACCCCGUGAUUGCCAAGGUUGGUCUUGCUACGUUCUUGAGAAGCGUGGUGCUCAUCUUCCCAUUCACUGUCCUCACCAAGCGCCUGCCCUAUCGCCACGGCAACAUCAUCCCGCACACCUAUUGUGACCACAUGUCUGUGGCCAAGGUAUCCUGUGGCAAUGCCAAGGUCAAUGCAAUCUAUGGUCUCAUGGUUGCUCUUCUGAUUGGUGUGUUUGACAUCUGCUGUAUCUCUGUGUCUUACACUAUGAUACUGAGUGCUGUAGUAAGUCUGUCUUCAGCAGAGGCCCGGCACAAAGCCUUCAGCACCUGCACGUCUCACAUCUGUGCUAUUGUGAUCACUUAUGUACCUGCUUUCUUCACUUUCUUCACUCACCGUUUUGGAGGACACACUAUUCCCCAUCACGUACACAUCAUAGUAGCCAAUCUUUAUCUGCUUUUACCCCCUACCAUGAACCCAAUUGUUUAUGGCAUCAAGACCAAGCAGAUUCGGGAAGGUGUAAUCAAAUUUUUACUUGGAGACAAAACUGGUACUACCUAA